UUCAAAAUUCUGCAAAAUGAUUUUAACCACCACCACCACCACCACCAACCAAACUAUAACUAUCAUCAUCAACCACAACAACUUAUCAAGUGUCAUUGGUUUACAUUGGAUAGUCAAUUCAGAAUGUCACUUAUUAAAGAUGCUAAAGUCGCAGUUAUAACUGGUACAACCUCCAAUCUUGGUAUAAACAUUGCCUAUCGAUUAUUAGAACAAUUACCACCUCAUGAAAAUAUAACUUUAAUUGUAACUUCUCGAACUUUACCUAAAGUUAAGGAAGUCAUAACUACUAUAAAACAAUAUGCUGAUACUAAAUUACCUGAAAGGAGAACGGGUGAUUUGGAAUUCGAUUAUUUGUUGGUCGAUUUCACUAAUAUGAUAUCGGUAUUAACUGCCUAUUAUGAUUUAAAUAAGAAAUAUAACCAUAUUGAUUAUUUCUUUGUUAAUGCAGCUCAAGGUGUCUAUAGUGGUCUUGAUUGGAUUGGAGCCACUAAACAAAUCUUAACUAAUCCUUUGGAUGGAGUUACUAAUCCAACUUAUAAGAUUCAAGAAGUGGGGAAGAAAUCGAAAGAUGGUUUAGGACUUGUUUUCCAAGCUAAUGUAUUUGGACCAUAUUAUUUAAUUCAUAAGAUUAAACAUUUAUUAUCGGGGGGUGGGAGAGUUAUUUGGAUAUCUUCUAUAAUGUCAGCUCCUAAAUAUUUAUCAUUUAAUGAUUUACAAUUGAUUAAAUCUCCGGAAUCAUAUGAAGGAUCGAAAAGAUUGAUUGAUUUGAUGCAUAUUGGGACUUAUAAAUCAUUGAAAUCAAACCAUGAUAUAGUACAAUAUCUUGUUCAUCCUGGUAUUUUCACUAGUUUUUCAUUCUUUCAAUAUUUGAAUGUGUUUACUUAUUAUGGUAUGUUAUUUCUUUUUUAUGUAGCAAGAUGGUUAGGAUCACCUUAUCAUAAUAUCUCAGGGUAUAUUGCUGCUAAUGCUCCUGUUAAAGCUGCUUUAAGUGGAGAUAAAAAGAAGAAAAAGGAUAAGUAUAGUGGACUUGAUCAAGAUGUUAAAAUUGGAUCUAUAAGUGAUAAACGAGGUAAAGAAUCAUUAGAAUUUAAAGAAAUUGAUGGUACAGGUAAUGAAGAUGUUGUGGCUUAUUUAGAAGAUCUUUGUCAAGCAUGGGAUGAAAAGUUAAAGAAUCAAAUUGUGAAUACUCGUCAACCAUGAAUGUUUAUAGUAUAAUAUCAAUUAAAAGUAAUGUAUGUUAAUUUGAAGUAUACCGGCUGCGAAAAGUAGAAGACGUGUCUAUUAUCAUCAAUUUAUAAGGUAAUUCUCCUAUUUAAAGUUGUAACCUUGUAAGAUUACUCUUUUAAACCGAUAUAUCAUCUUAAGUACCAUACUAUACUAGGAAAAAUGUAUAU